CAAGCAUGGACUUUGAAAAUCAUGAUCACAGUUUUCUCUUCUUGUCUGUUUCUUUGGAAAAUAUUUUCAGAGUUGUGGAAUGAACUGAGAAUUACUUAUUUUGUUCAGACAGAGUCUCUAACAUUGUCUUGUUAGAGGACACAAGCAUUGUUCUAUCCGUCUCGAAAGCAAAAAAAAAAAGAGGCAUAAUUCUAUCUUGACAGUUGUAGUCUUUUAACUCUUUAUUUGUUUGUAAACCAGGAAUCAUGGGUUUGUUUACUUUGAAACUCUUAUGUUGUUUUUUUCUGCUAACAACAAUGUCCGUCCUCAGAAUCUUAUGAGAUUGGUUUAGAGAUUCAGUAGAAAAAACCAUGGGACUCUACUGUAUAAGUCAUUGGUCUCUUGUAAUUUCAUGGAAACAAUUUUUUUGGUUCUUCUCUCAGUUGCCGCCCUACACUAUCCGCCAAAACCGGCCAUGGAAGCUGAGACAUUGUGAAGAUUGUGGCUCCAUCAGAAAGCCAAGACUCUUGACAGUUUUUAUUUCCUUUUGAAACUUUCGCUAAGAGAUGUCCAUUUCCUUCAUCUUCUUUGCAUUCAAAUUAGGCUUUGCAGCGUUGUUCUGCAGUUUUUCCACUGCUUAUUGUCUCACAAACUCAAACAGAAACCUUAGUGGAGAAACCUCUUGUCCAUUGAACUUUGAUCUUCUUCGCGAGAUUGUCACCGGUGCUCCAUGGAGGCCUUCACUUACAGACGUGCCUUCUCGGUGUGGACAUGUUAUUGAUGGAAUCCGUUAUGUACGAUCAGCGUAUCUUCAGACCAACGGGUACUUCUUUCCACCUCCUGCGACUGCUCCUACAUGUUGGGAUACAUACCAGAAUGUGGUUGACGAAUUGUCGCCGGAUUUUGAUAUCCAAACUCAUUGUGGGUAUCAUCCAGAGUGGUUUUGGCAGGGCUGUGGAAACAUAACAUCUAGGGAACAGUUUGAGAACCGGAUUCCAGCGUCCGAAAUGGAUCGAAUGAGGCUUAGUUGCAAUCAGUCGCUGGAGAAUAGUACUAAAUGUGAGUCGUGUACUAACAUAUUGUCAAGUACUGGGAAAAUGUAUCUUGAUGGUUCUGGAAAUUGGUCUGCAAUGGAUUGUUCCGUGUACAUGUUUAUGUAUGCAGCUGCUUCUGUUAAUCAGCUUGGACUGACAGAUCAAGCGACGACAAAAUGUUUGUUGAGGCUUCAAUUUGCAAUAAAAUCAUCUGUCAAAAAGAGGCACAAGGUUAAUCUUUCUGGUGUGGUUGGAGGUUUUAUGUUUGGAAUCUUGGUAGCUUUUUUGACGAUCUGGUUCGUCUGGACGAUAUUCAGAAAAUAUGGGUGCAAGAAGAACAAUCUUGUUGAAGGGGAGAGAGAGAAGGAGAAGGAGAAGGAGAAGGACAACUCUGUCGAAGAAGACGAGACGAGCUUGGUCUUUGGGCAUGGCUUGUACAGCAAAAGUCCCAACUUGGUCAAGUUCAGAAUAGAAGAAAUCAAAAGAGCUACCAUGAAUUUCUCAAGGUGUAAUAUAAUUGGUAAGGGAGGCUAUGGCAAUGUAUACAAGGGAGUACUGAGAGACGGAACUGAAGUCGCAUUGAAGAGGUUCAAAAACUGUUCUGCAUUAGGCGACGCAAAUUUUGAACAUGAAUUGGAGAUCAUUGCAAGUGUAAGGCAUGUCAAUCUUGUUGCUUUGAAAGGAUAUUGUACUGCAACAAAUCCCAUGGAAGGUCACCAACGAAUCAUCGUUUGCGACUUGAUGCAUAACGGAAGCCUUUACGAUCAUCUCUUCGAAACUGGACAGAAGAAGAAGAAGCUAAGCUGGCCGAUUCGUCAGAAGAUAGCCCUUGGGACAGCGCGAGGAUUGUGUUAUUUACAUUAUGGUGUGCAUCCAGCCAUCAUACAUAGAGAUAUUAAAGCAAGUAACAUACUUCUGGACGAGACGUUCGAGCCAAAAGUUGCAGAUUUCGGUCUUGCAAAGUUUAAUAAUGCAGCAGGAAUGUCACACUUGAGCACCAGAGUUGCUGGAACUCUUGGAUAUGUAGCUCCUGAGUACGCCCUGUACGGGAAAUUAACCGAGAGAAGUGAUGUUUAUAGCUUUGGCGUUCUGCUUCUUGAGCUUCUAAGCGGGAAAAAAGCGUUUGAAAAUAAUGAUGGAAAGCCUUCGCUUUUAGCAGAUUGGGCAUGGUCUCUGGUGCAGCAGGGCAAAGCUUCGGACAUCAUCGAAAAAGAUAUGGCGGAAUUGGGGAUAUCAGAAGUGAUGGAGCAAUAUGUCUACACUGCUACUCUUUGUGCUCAUCCAAUCUUACAUGCUAGGCCUACCAUGGACCAGAUUGUGAAUAUAUUAGAAGCCGAAACGCCUACCAAUCCGAUUCCUGCAGCAUAUCUUGAUAGUGAGCCUGUCAGUGUUGGAUGGAGCUAUAUGUCCAGUUCUUCAAGCAUAAAUAAUGAUCGUCCGCUAAUAUCUGAGACAAUGGUAGACACAGAGUGUUGAAUGUAUAGAGCUUGUAGAACAGAUUUUUUUUUUUUUUAUACAAGACCCUCAUUUUCCUUGAAUGUAAUUAUUACAGCUUUCAGAACAUACGAGAGAUAAUUCAUAGAUUAGGCAUUUUUCAUAUUCUUUUCUGUCAAACUCCAUUGUAGACCUUUUUCUCUCCUGCAACUUAUUCAAUGCAACUCUCAUGGUUAAACGCUCUUUCGCUGAAUGAGAGGCAC